AUGCUCAUUGGGGUACGUAUGAUAAAUAUACCGCCGCCCAUUAUGACUGUUAAUUGUUGUUGGGUGUUGCGUUUGAGCACCCUUUCUUUUUACCUUUCUAUCUAUCUAUCUAUCUUGUAUCUGUCUUUCCUUCUCUCUAUCGUUUUAUCAAUCUUUAUUUCUACCUUUCUUUAUUUCUAUACUUCUUACAUUCUAUCUAUCUUUCUUUCUUUCUUUCUUUCUUUCUUUCUUUCUUUCUUUCUUUCUUACUUUCUUUCUAUCGUCCUAUCGAUCAUUCCUUCUUUCUGUCUUUCUAUCUAUCUUUAUUUCUAUUUUUCUAUCUAUCUAUCUAUCUAUCUUUCUUUCUUUCUUUCUUUCUUUCGAUCUUUACUUAUUUCUGUCUUUCUGUCUAUAUUUAUUUCUAUCUUUCGUUUUUCUAUCUUUCUAUCUUUCUUUCUUUCUUUUUCUAUCGUUCUAUGGAAUCUCCUUGAUUCUAUCUGUCUUUCUUUAUUUCUAUCUUUCUUUGUUCCCGUCUUUCUUUCUUUCUUUCUAUCGAUCAUUCCAAAUUUCUUUCUAUCUUUCUAUCUAUCUUUCUUCUUUCAAUCAUUCUAUCUUUCUGCAUUUCUAACUUUCUUUCUUUUUUUUUAUUCCAUUAUUUUCUUUCUAUGCUUCAUUCUAUCUAUCUAUCUAUCCAGCUAUGCUUCAUUCUGUCUAUCUAUCUAUGCUUCAUUCUAUCUAUCUAUCUAUCUAUCCAGCUAUGCUUCAUUAUAUCUAUCUAUCUAUCCGGCUAUGCUUCUAUCUAUCUAUCUAUCUAUCUAUCUAUCUAUCUAUCUAUCUAUCUAUCCGGCUAUGCUUCUAUCUAUCUAUCUAUCUAGCUAG